AACCAAAAAAUCAUUUAAUUGGAUAAAUAAACAGAAAAUUUUCGAAACUAAAAUGGCAAGACGAGCUGCUGGUUUUUUGAUUUUUCGCAAACUUAACGAACAAAUCGAGUAUUUACUCUUACGAGCUUCUUACGGAAACAGACACUGGACGCCACCGAAGGGUCAUGUUGAUCCAGGGGAAGAUGAUUUUACAACGGCUCUCCGUGAGACGAGCGAAGAAGCAGGUUACACUGAGAAGGAUUUAGUGGUUCAUAAGGACAGAGUAAAAGUCCUUAACUAUCGAGUGAACUAUAAAGGUCGACUACAAGACAAAAUUGUGACAUACUGGCUGGCAGAACUGAAGAAUCCUCAACAAGAUCCAACACUGUCCGACGAGCAUACAGAAUUCAGAUGGUUGCCCAAAGCCGCUGCUGUUGAAUUAUCCGGCUACAAGGAUUUUGAAGAAAUGGUCGAACAUUUCGAUCAGACGAUCCGAACGUUGUAAAUAAAGCGAAAAUAAAACAACAAAAAA